ACAAUUCUUCUCCUUCACGCUUUCUUUCCAAUCUCUCAAAAACAGUUUCCGAUCAGAACCCACUUCGAUCAAUCUCUAACACAAUUCCAAUCCAUCGAAAAACAGGUUUAUUUCUCCCCAAUUUGAUGGGUUCUGAGUUGAUCGAAUCAGUGAGGGUAUCCAAGUCAAAGUCGUCGUCUUCCUCCGGAAAAUUCUUCCCACCUGGUUUCAGAUUUCAUCCGACUGAUGAAGAACUGGUUCUCUAUUAUCUGAAGAGGAAGAUCUGCCGUCGAUCGCUCAAGCUCGACAUCAUCGGUGAAGUUGAUGUUUACAAGUGGGAUCCAGAAGAGUUGCCUGGGCAAUCUAAAUUGAAAACAGGCGACAGACAAUGGUUCUUUUUUAGCCCUCGAGAUAGAAAGUAUCCGAAUGGCGGAAGAUCAAGCAGAGCAACGAUGAAUGGUUACUGGAAAGCAACUGGAAAGGACCGAAUCAUCAAGCGCAGAUCAUGUUCAGUUGGGAUUAAAAAAACACUCGUGUAUUACCAAGGCCGUGCACCCUCUGGCCAACGCACUGAUUGGGUUAUGCACGAGUACACCGUUGAUGAGGAGGAGCUCAAAAGAUGCCCAUUUGCUCAAGAACACUAUGUUUUGUACAAGAUAUUCAAGAAAAGUGGGCCUGGUCCCAAGAAUGGCGAGCAGUAUGGCGCGCCAUUUGUGGAGGAAGAAUGGAGUGAUGAUGAUUGUUUGGAUGUCGAUGCUCUUUUGGUACAGAAACUUAAUCCUAUCCCUGUAAAUGAUUUCAGAACAGGCCGAGAAGAGGAGGAAACAAUGUUAUCAAGUGAUAUUAUGGAGUUCCUAAACAAGAUUAUCGAUGAACCAGAAAUUCUCCCACCGCUGCCGCAGCUCUUGGAAGAAGGCCAAGAGUUUUCGCCCGAGAGUUGUUCAACCAAAGAUGACGCCUUUGGAUUUGAGACUCCAUCAGGUCCUAGCCACGAGCAGCAGGAUGUGCAGCCCAGGUCCGAGCCACAGCCUUUGGUGGUCAAUGAGGACUUUCUUGAAAUGGAUGAUCUGAUUGGUCCAGAACCCUCGAUUCAUAAUUUUGAAAGUUUUGCGUUUCCUAAUUUCGAUUCUUUCUCGGAGUUCGAUCUCUACCAUGACUCAACCAGGUUCGCUGAUACGGGUUCUUUUGGAACUCAACAAAUUCAACUUCAAGCAGCCUUUUUGGACAAUGUUGAAUAUGGAACCGAAAACUCCGGUCUUGUGAGUGAAGUUAUAAAUCAUCACCACGAUGAACUUCCAAUAAGCUACGAUCUCUGGGAGUAUGAUCAAGGAGACAGCAGCAUCAUGACUGCUCAAACAACUCACAAGGCGAUCUCUCAACCGUCAUCAGGUGUAGUAAUUGAAGAAAAUCCCGGAAAAGCCGAAUAUUGUGUAAAUGAAACCAAUAUGGACAAUGGUACAAGCUCAUGGUUCUCGUCUGCUCUAUGGGCGUUCGUGGAGGCAAUACCAACCACUCCAGCUUCAGCUUCGGAAAGCAGCGCUCUUGUGAACAGGGCAUUCGAACGAAUGUCGAGCUUCGGCAGGGGGAGAAACGUGAAUGUAGCGGCGGCUGUUGGUGUUUCAACGUCGAAAAGGUUAGAGAAAAAAGCAUCAAGUAGUAGGGGCAUAGUAUAUUUUUCUGUUCUUGGAGUAUUGUUGGCUAUAUUAUGGGUACUUGUAGGAACAUGUAUGGAAUUGUUAGGCAGAUGAUGUAGAUUUGGAAACUGGUCUGCCGUAGUGAUUUCCAGCAUCUUACUGGUGACAAUGGUGGCCAUGUUCCUUGCGCGAAUUGGGUGUCAUCACCGAAUAAACAUGAUUCUUCUUGUUUCUUAUGAAAUUA